GGCGAAUAGAGCAACUUACUCGACUCCCGCCAUGGUCCUCGCUGGUCCCCUCGGUCCCUCUCUCGCCCCUACCAUCCGCAAGUCGCGCACACUCUACAGGUGGAUCAAGCCUGUAGCCGACUGGUACGCCGACCUCGCUGGCUAUAGGAAGGUCGGUUAUAAAUAUGAUGACCUCCUUUUGGAGGAACGUCCCGACGUUCAAAGGGCCCUCUCCCGCUUAACUCCUCGCGAGCACUACGACCGCCAGUACCGACUAAAGCGAGCUUCGCACUGCAGCGUGCUCCACGAUGUUCUUCCCAAGGACAAGUGGACGCAGGCUUCCGAGGACAUCCGUUACCUCAAGCCGCACGUCGAGAACGUCGAGAAGGAGGAGCUGGAGAGGAGAGCAUGGGACAACCUGGUCGUGUCCAGGAAGUAGACAUCGACCUCUGUAGCCCACCGCGUCAUUAUUUAGAGGAUCACGACAUCCGGCUAGACGUCA